AUGGCCGGCGGGUUUUUGUUCCUGAUGGCUGCGCUGGCGGCCGCCGCCGUCGCGGCGCCGGAUUUGAGCGGCGGCGGCGGGUUUCGAGGGGUCCUGACCCUGGAGAGGGCUUUUACGGCCGGGGAGGGGGCGGAGCUGGAGGCGGCGAAGGCUCGAGACCGCGCGAGGCACGCGCGGGUGCUGCAGGGAUUCUCCGGCGGCAUCGUGGAUUUUCCGGUCAGUGGCACGUCGGAUCCCUACGCCGUUGGACUUUAUUACACCAAAGUAAAGUUGGGAUCUCCACCUAGGGAGUUCAACGUGCAAAUCGAUACUGGGAGUGACAUCUUGUGGGUCACUUGUAGUUCAUGUGAAAAUUGUCCACGCAAUAGUGGAUUAGGGAUUCCUCUAAACUUCUUUGAUGCUGGCACAUCAUCGACUGUCUCGCCUAUUUCCUGUUCAGAUAGACUUUGUGCUGCCUUUGUUCGAACGGCUUCUGCUGAGUGCUCAGCCGAAAACAAUCAGUGUGACUACAUUUUCCAGUAUGGGGACGGGAGUGGAACCACCGGUUAUUAUGUGUCAGACGUGCUCUAUUUUGAUUCCAUUCUGGGUACUUCGUCAAUAGUCAACUCAUCAGCUACUGUUGUGUUUGGAUGCAGCACGUCACUUUCUGGGGACCUGACUAAGUCAGAUAGAGCAGUUGAUGGGAUAUUUGGUUUCGGCAGGCAAGGUCUUUCAGUAAUAUCACAGCUGUCAACACUCGGGAUCACGCCCAGAAUAUUUUCCCAUUGCUUGAAAGGAGGGGGCAGUGGUGGCGGUAUACUGGUUCUUGGCCAGAUUUUGGACCCUAGAAUUGUUUACACUCCCUUAGUUCCAUCACAGCCUCAUUAUAAUUUAUAUCUGCAUAACAUUGCUGUCAAUGGCCAAUUGCUACCUAUUGAUCAAGCAGUUUUUACCACAUCAGGCAACCAAGGAACAAUAAUUGAUUCUGGGACAACUCUGGCGUAUCUCAUUGAAGGAGCUUAUGAUCCUUUGGUUAGUGCUAUAACCAAUGCCGUCUUACCAUCAGCUAGACCAAUUAUAUCUCGAGGGAAUCAAUGUUAUCUAGUGACCACAAGUGUAGGCGAGAUUUUUCCUACAGUUGCUUUCAAUUUUGCUGGGGACGCGACCUUGAUUUUGAGACCAAUCGACUAUCUUGUGCACAUGGGAUUUAUAGAUGACGCUCCAAUGUGGUGCAUGGGCUUUGUCAAAGUUUCGAAUAAAGGAACGACAAUUUUAGGAGAUCUUGUUCUUAAAGAUAAAAUCUUCGUUUAUGACCUCGCUCAUCAGAGAAUAGGAUGGGCAGACUAUGAGUGUUCUUUGUCUGUGAACGUCUCGUUGACCUCGGGCAGAGACGAGUACGUGAAUGCUGGGCAGAUGAGUGUAACCAGUAGAAGCACAUCAUCAAUGCACAGGAAUUAUAAUGCUCUUUUGCUGAAUUUAUUUGUAAUUCUUGGGCCUGUAUUCUUGUAA